AUGGAAGAGUACAAAUUAUGGUACCUGCACGAGCUACUUAAACGGAAAAAUGAGUUGAGUGUGGAUGUAUAUGUCAUAGCCAUGCAACAAUUUGAAAGAGAAGCAAGAAAAUGUUAUGUUGAAUCCAUUAAACUGAACGAGGAUGAGUUUGUGGAAAUGAUGACCACUAAGCGACUGACCACAGCUCCAAGAGGCAGCUCUCCAGCGACCACUCCGGCGACUGAGCAGCUCCAAGAGGCACCACUCCAGCCUCCGGACUCCGGACUCCGACCCCCACAUCGUAGACUGAAAGCUAUCCAAAGUCAGAACCAAAAGUAAGUUUUCUUUAGAUUUUGAUGCUCCUGUAAAUCAUUGAGUGAUUCUGUGAGCACUAUCAUUGUUGAUUUAAACUACUCAUGGUAUUGGGUUUGUUCUGUUUUAAAAUUUUUUCUGUUCCUGUUCCAUCAUUUAUUCCUCGCGGUUUAACUGAUAAAAGAUGCUUGAAAGCUGAUUCUGAAACUUCUGUGAAUCUC